AGAAAAUUAAAACCAAACACACUAAUUGAUUGAACUUAUCUACCAACUCAGAAGAAAAAAAAAAAUAAAAAUCAAAAAUCAAAAACAGAAUUUAUAGAGUUUUGAAUCAAAGGUGAAGAUUUAUUUGUGAAAUGACUCCACAACAAAAAGAUUAAACCUACACCAUAGAUCUGGAUUCUUUUCUAAUUUCAUAUAUUGUUUGGUAUUUAUUAUCAUAAUCAUAAGUAUUUUUUGAAUAAAAAAUCACAUCUUAGCAAAAAAUAAAAAUUAAGUUCUUAAUAAUUUGACUUAACAAUACAAAUUACAUAUUAUGUUAAAAUGGGGGGACUACUUAUAUAUAUAUUUUUUUAAUCUUAAAGGACCUGAGUGUGAUUUAUCCAAAUUAAAAGCAGAAGAAAAAAUAAUUUUUAAAAAUAGUUGAGGAAUUAAGCUCAAUCGAAGCAUAUUAAUGAGAGAAACAGUAAUAACAGAAACAAAGAUUAUAUGUGAAUUCCAAUUGUAUGGGCACAACUAACAUUUAUUUUUAGUUAUGUGCUUCUCGCUAAAAUCCAAGAUCAAAACGCACCCCAAACCAAAAACACAUUAAACAAAGAAAUAAUAAUAAAUUGAAAGAGCCGUCUAGAAUUCCAAGUUUGGGGACCCGUUUCAGGACCAAAAUUUAAAAUUAUGGAAGCAGAACCUCCAAAUCCAGCAAUUGCUUAGAGUAUCUCCAACGGUUUAUUAUUUUUUUUACUAAAUUUGAGUAAAAAAUAGUUGAUUUUCUCAAUCUGAUAUGGCUGAAACGGUGCAUCAAAAGGGAAGGGUCAUCUGGUGGGUCGAUCGGCCGGUUGACCGAAGAGUUAGACCACCUAUGACUAAAGAACUGCUCAUGUCAUUCUUCUUGCUUGGAUUGACUGGGGUAUUUGGCAACCAGCUAUUGUUUCUUCUCGGUCUUAGUUACACAAAUCCAACAUAUGCUGCAGCCAUACAACCUGCUAUCCCUGUCUUUACAUUCAUAUUGGCUGUUAUGAUGGGUACAGAAACAGUGAAUUUGCUCAGAACUGAAGGUCAGGCAAAGGUUGGAGGUACACUCGUUUGUGUUUUUGGUGCCUUAUUGAUGGUUUUGUUUCGAGGUCCGUCCUUGAUUGGGUAUACGGAGUCAGAAUUUGCAGCAAAUAGUGAAAUAAUUAUCAAGGGUCAACCUGAACCUGCUGUAUGGUUGAUGUCUAGUUUUUUGAAGUUUGGGCUUGAUCAGUGGCACCUAGGUGUGUUGUGCUUAAUAGGGAACUGUGUGUGCAUGGCGGCUUAUAUAGCCAUUCAGGCUCCAGUUCUUGCAAAGUAUCCAGCUAGCCUAUCAGUGACAGCAUAUUCAUACUUCUUUGGUGCUGUACUUAUGUUAGUGACAGCAUUGUUUAUGACCAAUGAGUCAACAGACUGGAAUUUGACCCAGUCUGAGAUUUUAGCUGUGCUCUAUGCUGGAAUUGUUGCAUCUGCCUUUAACUAUGGACUCUCGACAUGGUCCAAUAAGAUCCUGGGACCUGCUUUGGUUGCUCUUUAUAAUCCACUUCAACCUUUUGCAUCUGCCGUCCUCUCAAGGAUUUUCCUCGGCAGCCCCAUUUAUUUGGGAAGCAUUAUAGGGGGAUUUUUUAUCGUGGCGGGGCUUUAUUUGGUCACUUGGGCAUCCUAUAGGGAAAAACAGGCAGCUAUGGUGAUCGUACCUCACGAUUCACAGCCCACCGAUCUACUAAUUGAGAGAGACUCAUCGUUCAACAAGAUUCAAUACCAAGAAGGGCACAUUUUCUCCAAGCCUUCUGUACCAAAGGUUGAGGAUUGAACAAAUAUUUGGGGUAUCAAUUCCUCUCUGAUAAUCUGUUUGAGCUAAAUGUAAUAUUAUUCAUCAUAGCUUAUGUUUUGUAUGUCCCUUACAGAUGUUAAUACAAAAGGUAUGUCUCUUACAUUUUAUUUAAAAAAUAAAUAUAUUAAAAGUGCUGGAAAA